CAUCACUGCAGCAUGAUAGCAGAAGCUGAUAUCAUCGCCUUGAAUCAGUCGUGAACCUAAUGCUGCGUUCGUGAUCUCACGACUGCUUACGAUCAGAGCUUUCUUCAGACGACAUGCAAAAGCAGCGUGUAGAGUCCUCAUCGAAUCAAUACAAGCUGCACGGUCCGAGCUGGCAUCAAAAUUCAUCAAUCCUCAUUUAAUCCAUGCGCACACUACAGAAUGUCUAACCUUCCCCCAUUAAACCCGCCUGAAGCUGCUCAAUGGCCCUCUUCUUUGACAUAAGUGGUUUUGUCUUCGGAGCUUUGGGCGUCGUCGGGGUAUUUCAACUUAUCUUUUCCCUUAUUCACUACUUCACUCCCAGAAAAAGGUUGAAUGCACUGGAGGAGACCUAUUCGCAAACGUACGCACUUUUCCGGUGCGGCCUAGAAGAAGGUCUCUUUCUCCCAAAGGAGGCGCAAAGGACUGAAGAGAAUCUGCGAAGAGACCGUGCAGAAAUGAACACUUUGCGAGCUCGGGUAUUUUGCGCCAGGGGUUUCUAUCGUCAGUGCUUAGAUAUCUGGCGUGGUCUGUCCCGGAGGAUCACUGCCGUCGAACAGAGGGUCCAGGAACUUCGCGUCCAAAUAUUGUCUACCAGUGAGAAGGGCAGGGCUCGGCUCGAAUCAAAUGGACAGUUGUAUAAACCGUGUAUCUCACCCCCGCACACUAUGGCUCUGUUGUCUUCGACUCAAGAAGGGAUGCCGUUACCUGAUCCUCGUACCCAGACACAUUCGGUGGAGGCUGUGAAUUCACCAAACACCACAGCCGAUGUAGUAACAUCUAGGAGCGAUCCCAAUUACCAACCUACGCCACACUGCAUAUCAUCAGCAAAUGAAAUAUGUAGAGCGAGCAUUGUCCCGGAGCACCGAGACUCUAUCAGCUCUAUGUCAAGUAGCGCGACAUUGGUUGCUCUGGAAGCCGGCUGCCGUAUGAUUUCUGGGCACGGCGACACAUCUGGGUCCUCUGCCAGACCCGCUUCCUCCUUUGAUGCACCUAUAUGCAGCUCCAGUAACUUGGAUCUGGUCCCAGUGACGAAGACAUCCUCAGCUCCAUUUGUAGCGGAACCAGACGUGGACCCGGACCUCACUGCCACUACAAACCACUCUAAAGUAAUUGCUGAUCUACGGAAAUGCGUCGAGUUCCUGACUUCAAUUAUCCUGAGCUCUCCCCAUCUUCGUAAACAGCUCGCGACUGAGAUCAAUGCGACGGAGAUGGAUAUCUCUGAUAGUUUCGGCCCAAUUCACCCUUUGAAGCGAUUUUUUACGCAACCUCAUGCUGACAUCGAGCACCAGAUCAUGUCUGUAGGACACGCCUCCGCCUGCUGAGGGUAAUCACCCCUUUAUAUGUCACACCCCGCGAUGCAACGUCGCCUGGCUCGCAGCAGGUGUUGUUGUCAUGGUCGCACAUUCGUCCGUCAUUUCCUGUUUUGCUGUUUUUCGCUCUCAUUUAUGCUGUCUGAUUGCUGUUUUGUUUUCUCUGCUUUACAAGUGUCCCUCGAGCUACUUCUGAAUUGCUUCGUUUAAUUUCGAUGACGCUCUGCUCAUUGUUUUCUUCGUCGGCUUGUAUCAUUAGUGUCAAUCUGCUGUGUUCCUCCGCUUGCUUAUUUAUCUCAUCCGUAUUUGGUGUGUUGUUGACUUAUCCCUUUCCAAAUGUCGAUGGCAACCGAUAUACUCAU